AUGGAUAAUGAUAUACCAAUAUAUGAAGUAAAUUCAUCAGAUGAAGAUAUAAUUGAUGAAGAACAAGAUCAAAUACCCAGUACUCCAUUAGAAACACCAUUCAUAAGGUCUUUACAAACAACUCCAAUACCAGGGUUCCAACCACCACAACCACAACAACAAUCAAAAUAUCUAUGUUCAAAUUUUAUACCAAAUGAUGAUAAUACAAUAUUUGGUAAUGACUAUGUAAUAUUUGGUUUGAAAAAUAAUCAAAAUUUAAUUAUAAAAGGUCAAUUUAAAUUACAAAUACAAAGAGGUGCUAUCAAGAUUGAUCACUUGGUGUAUCAUUCAUCACCAAAAUCAUUCAAUUUCAUAAAUUCAAAUGCAAAUUCUUUACCAUUAAUAUCUGCAACUCAAGUUCUUGAUAGAUCAAAAGUUUCUGAUGAAUUAAAUGAAGAAAAUAAACAUUUAUUUACAUCAGAUUAUAAAUCAGUCAUCAAGAUAACUAAUUUCAAGACUGGAUUAGAAAACAUUGGUACUAUUUGUCCAAUUUUAAAAAAUUUAAUUUGGAAUUUUAAUAAUUUAUCAAAUGAUGAUUUGAAAACUUAUAAUGAUUUUGAAAUUGCAUUCCAUGAUUAUUCAUUCUUCCCAAUAAUAAAACCUGAUAAUACAAUAACAAUAACAAAUCAUAAAAAUUGGACUGAAACUUUAGAAAACUUAUCAAAUUUACAUGCAAAAGGUUCAAUUUUAAAAAUUUUAAUCAUUGGUAGUAAAAAUUCAGGUAAAUCAACAUUAUUAAGAUUAUUAUUACAAAAUUUCCUUCAGGUUAAUAAUGAAACACCAGUUAAUUAUCUUGAUUUAGAUCCUGGUCAAUGUGAAUUUUCAAAACCUGAUUCAAUAUCAUUAAAUAAAUUUGAAAUCCCACAAAUGGGGAAUCAUUUAUCAAUAACAUCACCUCAAUGUCAAUUUAAUCAUUAUAUAGGAUUUGGGUCCCCUAAGGAUCAACCAACCCGUUAUAAUGCAUUAGUUAGGGAUUUGAUUAAUAAAUAUAAUAAAGAUGGUGGUAUUAAAAAUGAAAGUUUGUUAAUUAAUACACCUGGUUGGAUUAAAGGUUAUGGAACUACAUUAACCAAUAGUCUUAUUGAACAAUUAGAACCAACUCAUAUUAUUUAUUUGAAUAAUGGAAGUGCACCUGAUUUAGAUGAUUUGAAAAUUGAUGAAACUAAAACUGAAUUAAUACCAUUAUUAGGGAAUUAUAUAAAUAAUUCAAAUGUUUCAAGUGUUUCAAAAUAUUCAUCAUCACAAUUAAGACUUUUCAAAACUUUAGCAUAUUUACAUAAAUCCCAGGAUUUCAAAUUUGAUUUCACACCAUUACUUUUCAAACCACCUUUACAAAUAAGUUAUGGUAAAUCUGGGAUAAAAGGUGUUUCUAUCUUAGGGUUGAAUGAUAUACAUCCAAAUGAUUUAAAAGAUUGUUUAGAAGGUACUAUAGUGGCAUUACAUACCAUUGAUUAUGAAGUCUUGAAUAAUGUUUCCAAGACUAAUAAUGAUAACUUGCCUAUACUAAAUUCUAAAAAUUUGUUGAAUAAUUCUUCAUCAGAUUCAUUAUUUUUCAAAUCAUUAGUAUUAAUUCAUUCAAUUAAUGAAAAGGAAAAAUUGAUUAAUUUAUAUAUACCAAGUUUUGAAAAAAUAGAUAAAAAGGAUAAUGAAGAAUUCAUAUUAAUUAGAGGUAGAACAGAAACACCAAUUUGGGAACUAGCAUCAAAUCAAAUUCAAAAAGAAUUUAAAAAGGAAACAAAUUUACCAUUUGUUACAUUUGAUAAAACUUCUAUUCAUGAUAAAGUAUGGAAAGUUAGAAAAAAUGUUCAAAGAAGAGGUCAACAAUAG